ACAUAAAGAUCGAUCUUGGCGGCUGUGGCUGAUCCUAGACCGAUAAAUAAAUCUGUUCCAGAAGAUCCGUUGACCGUCGUACCAGAGAGCGGAGAAAUGAGAGGAGAAGGGGGAGGUCUGGACUCCUCUCCACUCCUUCCGACCCCGAUCCCCGAGAGAGGAGGAUCUAGCUGCAGUACUGGAGCAGUAGUAGUAGCAGGAGAAGGAGGAGAGAAGGAUCUCUUCUGCUCCCUCUGCUCUCGGAGCGACGACGCCGGCGGGAUCGUCGCCGAGGUGAGGAGGCAGCUGUGGCUUGCGGGGCCUCUGAUCGCGGUGAGCCUUCUCCACUACUCCAUCCAGGUGAUCGCGGUCAUGUUCGUUGGCCACCUCGGAGAGCUCCCCCUUUCCGGCGCAUCCAUGGCCACUUCCUUCGCCAACGUCACCGGCUUCAGUGUUCUGUUGGGAAUGGCAAGUGCAUUGGACACCCUGUGUGGGCAGAGUUAUGGUGCAAAACAAUAUCAUAUGCUUGGUAUACAUAUGCAAAGGGCUAUGCUUGUUCUUCUCCUUGCAAGUAUUCCUCUGGCUUUUAUUUGGGCCUACACUAGCCAAAUUCUCAUGGCUGUUGGUCAAAAUCCAGAGAUUUCAAUGGAAGCUGGACUAUAUGCUUGUUGGUUGAUUCCCGGCCUUUUUGCCUAUGGUUUGCUUCAAUGCUAUGUGAGGUUUCUGCAAACCCAAAAUAUCGUGUUUCCAAUGUUGUUAACAUCUGGAAUAACUGUAUUGCUCCACAUUAUUGUGUGCUGGAUUCUAGUGUACAAUUCUGACCUAGGCAACAAGGGUGCUGCAAUGGCAACCACCAUAUCAUAUUGGAUCAAUGUGUUUCUGUUAGCAACUUAUGUCAAGUUUUCUCAAGCUUGCAAGAAGACUUGGACAGGUCUAUCAGUGGAGGCAUUACAUGAUAUCCUCAACUUCCUAAGACUUGCUGUUCCUUCAGCAUUUAUGACUUGCUUGGAGUAUUGGUCAUUCGAGAUGGUGGUUCUCUUGUCUGGCCUACUUCCCAAUCCAAAGCUAGAGACUUCAGUACUUUCAAUCAGCCUCAACACUAUGUGGAUGGUUUAUAUGAUUCCAACUGGUCUUGGCAGUGCAGUGAGUAUAAGAGUUUCAAAUGAAUUAGGUGGUGGAAACCCACAAGCUGCACGCUUAUCAGUGUAUGCUGCACUUAUCAUGGCUAUCACAGAGGGUUUGAUGGUAGCUUUGCUCACUAUUCUUGUACGGCAUGUCUGGGGCUACUUAUAUAGCAAUGAAGAAGAAGUAGCAAAAUAUGUGUCAGUAAUGAUGCCAAUUCUUGCAACCUCUGACUUUAUGGAUGGAAUACAAUGCACACUAUCAGGUGCUGCUAGAGGAUGUGGUUUGCAGAAGAUCUGUUCUUUAGUCAAUCUUGGAGCUUAUUAUGUUGUUGGUAUUCCUUCUGCUAUCCUCUUUGCUUUUGUCUUGCAUGUUGGCGGCAAGGGACUUUGGAUGGGAAUCAUAUGUGCACUAAUUGUACAAGUUACAAUUCUUGUUGCCAUGAUGCUUUGUACUGAUUGGAACCAAGAAGCAAGGAAGGCAAAGAGUAGAGCUUGCAACUUUGCUAGCACUGCAGAAGCUCUAUGAUGAUACUUGACAGUCUUGUCUCUUAGCAUUCCUUUCAAUUAAUCUCUCAUGGAUGCAGAGAUGAUUCUUGAAGAUUCAUUUUGGAAAUAUCAAGACUUGAAGAUAUGAAAUGUAUGACUCUUUUCUACCAUCUCCUGUAAGAUCUUUCUUGAAUUCGAGGGAAAAAGGCAGUGCUUCAUUUGGUGGCUCUGUACAUGCUGCAAGCACUAGAACUGAGAAGUUUGAUGGCAGCUCCAGGUUGUAGCUAAAGUCUGAAAGUGUGCAUAAGGGCCUCUCAUUCUGAACCUUGACGGCCAUAGACUGAAUCCAAGAAUAGUUGCAUCUCUUGGUACCCCUGGAGGGAGUCAUAAGCGCAGGUGCAAGUGAAGAAAAAAAAAAUCAAAACUACAAUUCAGUAAAGAAAGAUUUCAGUUAUUUAAUUUGCUAUAUUAUGAACUGGAAAUAAAUGCUUGUGAAACUUACUGAAGUUUCUCUCAAAGUUGGUACCUUUGAUGCAAUGGGGAUGCAUUUCUUUCCUUCUUGUUUAGGCACUGUUAUUAUUAUCUCCAUCUCAGUGACAUCAAAUUUUGGCAUCUGAUAUCAUCGCCACUGAA